CAGCCUGCCCCGGCUGCGACCAGAGCCUGCCACCCAUCUCCCAUCCAAGGCUCACUCACUCAUCCCUGGGCCCUCCUGCUCCCAGGCCGGGGGUCCGAGAUGGCCUGCCGCUCCUGUGUCAUUGGCUUCAGCAGCCUCAGCGGCUGUGAGGUGACCCCGGCGGGCAGCCCCCGGCCUGGAGCCUCGGGAUGGAGCAGCUGCGGGGCCCCCGGACCGAGCUUCAGCUCCCGAAGCCUCACAGGCUGCUGGUCAGCUGGCACCAUCCCCAAGGUGACCGUGGACUCCAGCCUGCUGGUGCCCCUGGACCUCAAGGUGGACCCGGCCGUCCAGCAGCAAAAGAACCAGGAGAAGGAGGAGAUGAAGGUCCUCAAUGAUAAAUUUGCCUCCCUGAUUGGCAAGGUACAAGCCCUGGAGCAGCGCAACCAGCUGCUGGAGACCCGCUGGAGCUUCCUGCAGGGCCAGGACACAGCCACCUUCGAUCUCGGGCACCUGUACGAGGAGUACCAGGGCCGGCUGCAGGAGGAACUGCGUAAAGUGACCCAGGAGCGGGGGCAGCUGGAGGCCAACCUGCUGCAGGUGCUUGAGAAGGUUGAGGAGUUUCGAAUCAGGUAUGAAGACGAGAUCUCCAAGCGCACAGACAUGGAGUUCACCUUCGUCCAGCUCAAGAAGGACCUGGAUGCAGAAUGCCUUCGUCGGACCGAAUUGGAAACCAAGUUAAAAGGCCUUCAGAGCUUCGUGGAGCUCAUGAAAACCAUCUAUGAGCAGGAGCUGAAGGACCUGGCAGCCCAAGCGAAGGAUGUGUCGGUGACCGUUGGCAUGGACAGCCGCUGCCGCGUUGACCUGAGCGGCAUCGUGGAGGAGGUGAAGGCCCAGUAUGACGCGAUCGCAGCCCGCAGCCUGGAAGAGGCCGAGGCGUACUCACGGAGCCAGCUGGAGGAGCAGGCCGCCCGCUCGGCGGAGCUUGGGAGCAGCCUGCAGAGCAGCCGCAGCGAGAUCACUGACCUCAAUGUGCGCAUCCAGAAGCUCCGGUCCCAGAUCCUCUCCAUCAAGAGCCACUGCCUGAAGCUGGAGGAGAGCAUCAGGGCAGCGGAGGAGCAGGGGGAGCUGGCCUUCCAGGACGCCAAAGCCAAGCUGGCCCAGCUGGAGGCCGCCCUGCAGCAGGCCAAGCAGGACAUGGCGCAGCAGCUGCGCAAGUACCAGGAGCUCAUGAACACCAAGCUGGCCCUGGACAUCGAGAUCGCCACCUACAGCAAGCUGGUGGAGGGCGAGGAGAGCCGGAUGGACCUGCCCUCGGCCACCGUGGUCAGCGCCGUGCAGUCCCGGUCCAGAACCGCUGCCUCCAGGUCAGGCCUCUCCAAGGCCCCCUCCCGGAAGAAGAAGAACAGCAAAGGUCCUGUGAUCAAAAUCACCGAAAUGUCGGAGAAGUACUUUUCCCAGGAGUCGGAGGUCUCAGAGUAAGGCAGCUGGACCCACGGAACCCCAGGGCACUCCCACUGCAGCAGGAGAGUCUUAAGCUAGACUCAAGAAAGCAGCCUGGAGCCUCUAGGUUGGGAGGGGAGGCAAAACCUGAUACUGAACUGAGAGGAGGAGUGAAAACCGCGACUGCUGUCUGGCGAGCUGCAGGGUGGGAAAGGAGCGCCGCCAGCUGUUCAGAGCCCUCCACUCCGCCUCAGUGUCUCAGUCUUAUCCUUCCAACCUUCUAGCCAGAGGUGGUCCUGACCAGCUAAACUGGAAUGGGGUGGGUUUUGUCUCUACCUCCUCUUUCCUUGGAGACUCUUCCUCCAACGUGGGCUCUGACCAAGGCCCCUUUGAGUCUUUUGCCCAAGGCUUGCCCUAAACUCCUAUCUCAAGCCUUGCCUGGCCUCUGCCUUGGAACUGAGGCUGGUGCCCUGGCUCACGCAGCCAGCGUGGGUCCCAUCCUGUACCUGGAGUUCCCGGGGAGGCUGGGUGCUAAAGACCCCCUGGCUUUCCUGCACCUCCUGGGCUCCGCAGAGACCUCACAGUAUUAUGGAGCGUGGGGACUGAGGGGAGGAAGGUCCCUGGGUGUUUAGGACCUGAGCCUGGACCUCUGAGGUCAGCCCGAACACCUGCUCCCCUCCCUCCUCCCCCGGGUCCCUCCCAGUGCACCACGGCUAGACUUGGACAGGCCACCCCAGCCAGCUCCCAGCCCUUCUCCAGAAGCAAUUCUUGCCACAGUCGGCUCUCUGGGAGUGGAGGCCAGAUGCCCCCUGAGACCAGACAGGAGAAUUAGACCACCCCUUCCCCUGCCUGCCAUUCUGGGAUCACCCCCGAGCCUGGGAUCUGAGCUCUCCGUCCCAAGCCCAGGUGCUUCCCAGCCUGAACACCUGGCUUUGGUCCACCUGACCCUGGACACCUCUAGCCCCAGCCCUGCCAUGAAACCCUGGGCCCACUUCCCACAAAUCCCUCUUCUCAGGGCCUCUGCUCUCCUCUCCACGGGACCAGCCAGCCUGGCCCUCCCCGCCUUUGCAUGCACUGAGGAGCCCAGGGACUCACCCAACCUGAGGGGUCAUAGCUCCUUCCCCUCCUGCCCUGUCCUCCCUCCGAGCCCACUCUCCCUGCCUCCGACAGGCCAUGAAGAAGGCACAGUCCAGGCAGGUCUGGGAGUUUCUGAGCCCUCGAGGUCAGGCUGUGGAGCCCCCAUGACAGCCUUAAAAGGGCUCAACCAAAGAGAAAGCAUCUGGGGUUGGUAGGAGUGCUAUGUCCUCCUCUUGGCUCCCCACUUUGGAGCUUGCAGGGGGAUCCUAGCAGCUCCAGCCUUUCAUCCCAUGAGCUACCUUCCUUCCUUCCCUCCUUCCUUCCUUCCC